GGCUCAGUCACUGCGAGAGGCUCUCUCUUCUCUCCACAGCAGUCGCUCCGAAACAACACAACUGAGAUUGCUCACAAAAAGUGAAAAAUGAACUGGCCUUGCUUAAUUAUUGUGACGGUGGUGCUGGGCUUGUCCGUGGCCUCCGCCCUCAGCUUCACGCAAGUCUACGAGUGGAGCGAAACUGAAUUUUUCGGGGACGCGAAGAACGCCAAGGACGCCGCUGGGCCGAUUGUUCCUUCGAGCAUGGUUGUCUACGGCGACAGGAUUUUCUUUGGCUUUCCGAACAGCUCGAGCAGAGGAUUGCCGCGUUUGACGUACGCGUGGUUGCCGUGCAGAAACAACGCCGAUAACCAUCUUUCGACCCCAUUGUACCGUCUCCAGAGAGACAAGAUUGGUGCGAAUUGCGACGCCGUGCAGGGCGUGAUUGACCUAAAAACAGACGAAUUGGGCCGGCUGUGGGUGCUGGACGGAGGUUCCCGGAACUGCCCACCGACCUUUCGGAUUUUCGACCUGAAAAACAACGACUCCCUCGUACAGGUCCAUCCCCUGGCGAGAAACCCGAGGAAUAUCAUAAAUGUGAUGUCCGUUGACGUGCUGAACGACACGUUUUCGCUCGUUUCCGAGUGGUCCGGCGAGUUUUUCGUUUUCGCCCUUAAAGCAAACAAGACGAGGACCAUCGACCGGAAGAAUGGCCCGUUCUCUAAGGGUCAGGGCGGAGUCAAGGACGCCGCUUGGAUGAUCGUUUCGCCGCUGAACAAUCUGCUCGGCUACGCGUGCAGCUUCCAAUGCCGCGAAAUAUUUUUCGUCGACGACACCAAGAAGCCCAUCUCCGUCACGCCGAUCGGCACUUUGUCUUCCUACUCGAAAGGGAUGCUCAUGGACAAAAAUGGAGUCUUGUACUUUGUCCACGAGAAGGAAAAAUGCGUCACCGCUUGGGACACAAAAAUUCCGUUCAACGAGGAAAUGCUUCACAAGUUCGAGCCUGACGUGGACUCGAUUAUUUACGCGCUGGACGGUGCUGAUAACCUUUGGCUGCUCUCGCACGACGCCAGCAGCCGCUUCUUCCUUCAUCGAGGCUCAAACAGCACCGAUUUUACAAAUGCCACGAACUGAGUGAUUCUCCACGUCAAGGAAAGUGAUGAAAUCGUCCUGCUAAAAUUAUUUUAGCUUCUUGACAAUAUUUUAACCUGUGUGCUAAUUAACAAACUAAAUAAAAAAAAAUUGUUUUUUAUUA